AGUGUUUAUGUGCUCUGGUGUUGCAGCAAUUCCCAGGUUGAGCAGUGCGCCUGCGCAGUAUUCCCUCCUGCUUUAUUAAUUUUUAAUGGAAAUGGCUGCCUUUCUCAUCUAAACCUCUCUGCAACAGGAAAAAAAUAAAACAUAAAAUAACCCACAUUCAGACUUUCUGGUGUUCUGAAGAGACGAACAAAACGCGGCUGACUCGAUCGCCUGUGAUUAGCCGAGAAAGAUGAAUCUGCUUUAGGAUUUAAAGGAUGGAAGAUCUAUCGUUUUUGUUUUUAACCCUUUGCAUUCCAUGAUCUGCAGACAAUCGAGAUGAUGCGCCAGGUUGCCGGCAACAGCAAUGACUAUUGCAUGGGCGGCAGGGCGUCGUGCCUCGCGGAAGAUGGCCGACACCCUGCCAGCCACUUCGACUUAUGUACCUCACAGUCCAGCAAGUUCUACCCCGCGCCCCCCCCGCCUUCAUUGCAGCUGCCCCUCCCCCCGUUGCCCCCUCCGCCGCAGAACAGCCUCAAACCCCUGCCCUGCCAAAGGCAAGACGCCAGGAGCGACCCCGGCUCCCAGACAGUGGGGGUUAAGAACGCUGAGAAGCCAGAGGACUCUAAGAAAAAGAAGAGCUUGGGGAGAUCCGGCAGGAGGGGCAGGCCCUCCGGAACCACAAAGUCCGCGGGCUACCGAACCAGCACCGGGCGACCGCUGGGCACCACCAAGGCGGCGGGAUUCAAAACAAGUCCAGGGAGGCCUCUGGGCACAACCAAGGCUGCAGGCUACAAGGUGAGCCCAGGGAGGCCGCCCGGCAGCAUCAAGACUCUGUCCCGCCUCACCAAACUGGGCUAUGGUUCUUGCAGUGCAGCAGCCUUCCCCUACUCAAUGAUGCACAAGAGAGCCCUGUGCGAACCCUCGGGCAAAGAGAAGGAAACUAACGAGUAACGUCUUGCUUUCCUUAUUUAUUGCAUUGCUUGUAAGGAGUAAAGGUUUGAGUGCAUGUCCUAAGUGCUGUGGAUCAGGGAGUGUGUUGUGAUAUUUCAGAGCUAGUCUGGUGGAGGGGGGGAGGGAAGAUGUACAGAUUUACUUCUGAUUGAUACCUACAUCCAGCAAGUGUAUGCCUCAAUCAAAUCAAUUAGUUUUUCAUAUAAAUAUAUAUAGAAUAUAUAUAGUGUGUUAAACAAAAAAAAAAGAAGAAGAAAAUGCUAUGGUUAUUGUUUCACAUCAGAAAACCUUUCUUUGUUUGCCACAGGACAUAUAAUAUAUUAUUAUUAGACUUCCAGAAUCACUUGUGCCACCCAUGUAUCCAAAAACAUUUUUUGCUCUUGCUGUACCAUGUGUGAAUUGUCAACUGCAUGAUGACAUUCACACAGUUAAUCACUAAAUAAACAUUUUUUGGGGUGAAUCAUUAUUUUAGUGAAUCUGGUGACUAAUCCGACCUUAUCUGAACUAUAAUACAUCUAUAAUAAAAUGAGAAGAGGGAGAGUAUGUUUUCAGUAUCAAUGGAAUCUUUCUUUCUGUGUUUAAUAGCAGAGACAGAGCCACUGAGUGGCUUCACUGAGUCUACUUGGCUUUAUGUUCUAAAAGAAAUAAAAGAAAAGCUUUCAAUGCAGUACAUUGUUUUCUAGGUCAUGCAGUCUCUUUGGUGUUGAUACCAUUAAAUAAUCAUGGAAGGCACUAUGAUCAGUGGAAUUGUGGAUAUAGUCAAGAAUAUGUAAUGUAUUUUCUAUCUCCUAAUUAUUAGUGUCUGGUCUAUAAAGAGCAGUGGAUGUCAGAUACCAAGAGCAUUAAGUAAAUGAAAGCACUGAGUAAUCUAAAUAUUCUAAAUGUCUCUUAUUUUCUGACAGUGUAGCAUUAAAAACAUGUUCUGUGUUCUGAUUUAAGGCUGUUAUUAAUGAUGGCUUUAAAGCUGGAUUUCACGAGGAACGGACACCUUUCAGAUUAAUUUAGGAACGCAGAAUGGAGUGACUUUCACCCUUUGUGACGGAAUUGUUUUCCAUCUAAAAUGUUAACUCAGACAUAAUAUAUUGACGAACUAUCUGAUUCUACCUACUCCAUCAUGGAAGUAAACAAUGAUUUGCGAAAUGUAUGCUCACAAUGUAUGUUUUGUCUUGCAAACAAAAAAAAAAACAUUUGAGCUAACACCAUGAACUUCAUAAUUCUACCAUGUCUUAAUGUAUCCACAUUUAUUCUGUCAAUCAUUCAUUAGUCAUUUUCUACAACACCUGCUUUUUCAUAAUGCUUGACAGAGUCAGAUAACAAUAAUACUUAGGGUAUUAAACCACAAAUACACACGUGAUCAAGUAUUCAGAAAUAAUUAGCUCAAAGCUAAUCAAGCUAAUCUAGGUUUUUAAUCAGUUGUUUUUUCCAACAUAAAAACUUACAGCCUGUGACAAAAUAUUUGAAAAUUAUUUUACUGUAUGAAAAACAUACUUUUGGCAUGUUUUACUGCCUUUAUUUACAUUAUGUUCAGAAUAUACGUUGUUGUUAUCAUACCUAUUAAGGCAAAUGGAACAUUUUUAUACUGGUGGCCAUUCGUGCUGAGAAGAUGCUAAAAUGGUUUUCAAUUAUCUUUUAUUUAAUAUUAUAGUUUAUCAGGGGAUUCCUAAGUACUAUUGCCAUUAUUUGUGUCUAUGAAGAUACAACACUCAUUAUUCAUGAUGAAUCAGUUUUAGACUAUUUCUUAUUUUUAAUUCUAUGUAUAAUAGAAUAGUGUUGCAGUGUCCUCUUCCUGCUCAAAUCUGUGUUCUUUUCCUUGUAUGUGUUUUCUACCACUGAAAUGCCAGUGUUGUCUGUUAGGUUUUGUCAAAACCCCUAUCAAAUUGAUUAAGGGGUUGUACAGAUUGUGCCCUGUAUAUCAGAGAUAAAAUGAGCUUUAUAGUCUUUAUAGUGGGGGAUGGGUCAGGACUCAGCAAUAUAGCUGCAGACCUAAGCCAAAUGUGGGGGAGAGAUAACAGUUUUAUUCUACAAAUAAGUGUUAACAUACACCUCUGCUUUUUUAUCUCAGCUCUUUUUUUUCAGUUGGUAGCUUAAAAAGAAACUGAAUUUAUGAGUAUUGGGUUCAAUCUAAUUCUGAACCAAUUGCCAUAGCAUAAAUGGGCUUCUUUGGUGUGUAUAUUAAGUGGAAUAUAAUUAGACUCUUAUUAUGAAUUAUACUAAGCAAAUGAUGAGGAUAGUACUUAAAUUGAUACAGGUGGAUGUGUUUGUUCUUAAUAUUUAAUUUGGACUGUAUUUUUCCUAUGUUAAAUUCACCUUCCCACACCUAAAAUGCCAUCAGUAAAUAGGCUUAUAAAAUAAUAAUAAUAAUUAUAUAUCGCUAAAAUUUUAAAAAUGAAAACAGUAAAUGACAAGUUAUAGCAGGAUGUUAAAGGAACAUGAAUGACAUAUAAGUUUUUAGCACAGUUCCGUGGCACGCAUGUGGAGUGAAAUAUGUUUAUUUGGUGUGCCAUUAUUUUUCUUUUUCUUCCUUAUUUAUGGGAAGCUUUGUACAGCACUUGGGACUUCUUGCUCAUAGAACUCCUCACAUUCUCCCUGUGUUAUCCAAGCAGAUGGUUAACUGUAUAGGAAGUUAAAAUAUGGCUAUGGAAUGAAAUAAUUCUAAAUGUUCUUUGGAAAAAAAACCUGACUCAAAGAUUCGCUGUGAACAUACAUUUCCUUUAACUGUUUUGUUGGGUUUUUGUUUUGUAUGCCCUUUAACCAAAGAAUCUGAUUUAAUCUGCCUUCUCAUGCUGACAAAUAUGUGUCAAGUUACAUGCAUGGUAGCUUAGCUGGUUAAGGAAAUUAAAAAAAAACCUGGGUAAACACAACAUUAACUUUUCAGUUUCCAACAGAGACAAAAGCAUCUGUAAUUCCAACAGAAAAAAGAGCACUUAUUUACCUCUAUUCUUUUUACUAUGAGAAAAAAAAUGAGAUUCUCCUUUUUAUUUUUACCAAUGAAAAUCAUAUUGAUUAAUAGUGUGUUUUAAAAACUGUCAAUAUGCUGUAUAAACAUUUUCGAUAUUGUCUUUAUCUCCAGCUUUUCCAAAUAUUUUAAACCCUCCUGGGAAGUAAAUCAACACCUAAGAAAACAGGAACAAUAAUGUGAUUAAAUAAACCAUUCACAAGCAUUAACCACUGCCUUUUCUUUACAUUAUGUAUGUUGCAGCGCUAUAUGAUUGCCUUUUUUGUAGUGCCUAUAUGUAGCUAUGUCUCAUAUUGGAUCCAAAUGAUUAUGAAACUCAUAUAUUCAUGACACUUUAUUCAUAUUAUCACUUGCCUUUAUGCUGUAAUGAAGCGGGGUUUUGUCAUUAGCUAGGCAUUGUGAAUAAACAAUGUUCAAUUUAUAUGUAUUUACUUCACUUUUAUUGCUUAUUUGAUAAAAAAUAUCUGAAAGGUUGAAUAUGGUACUGUUUGGUUUUGAUUAAACUUUUUGUGCAUUUUGUGCAUUUCUAUCAUAGAGAGAUCAUUACCAAACGUGUACUGGAGCUUCUUGUAACACUGUAUGUUAGACAUAUGUUUUGUGAAAUUAAGGUCUGGUUUUAAUUCAAACAGGUAAGAAUACUCUGUGGAAACAAAAAAAAAACACUACUGUGCUUUAAUAGGACUGGAUAACAAGUAACAUUCCAAAAACAAGUGGUUAUUCCUGCUUGACUGGCUUUAGUUUGAUGAAUGCAAGGCAUCUAGUUAGAAAGCCUUUGUUCCUGGAUAUUUAAUAGCAAAAAUAUUAUCUUUUAGGCUAUGAAAAGAUUACAAUUUUUCAUUACUCCCAAGAUGUUUAAAAAUAUUGACCUUUAAAACCUACCUAUAAUCAAGUAAAGAAAGUAAAAUGAAACAUAGAGUACCAUACCAGUCUCAGGACAGAAAGCUACCUUUAAAAGAGGAUAUCUAGCAAAUAGCUAAACAUGACAGCAAUGUCUGUAAAUUUUACACAGUGAUGCUGUCACAUUUGUUUCUCAGAAAUAUAUUAAAGUGGCAUUUGAUGAUAAUAAGAAUAACCUCACAUAACUCUCUAACUAAGUACUGUGUGUUUUUUACCUUUUGCAGUUCUGCAUGACUGUAACACAAAUCUCCAAAAAAUAAAUGACCUUUUUCUUCUUAUAGUUUGAUAAUGAAGAUGAUGUCUUCAAUCAAGGCAUACGUUUUGGGAUCACAUGUAACAAUGUUACCUGAAUUGGGUGACGAUUAAGCCCAGUCGAAACCACUUUUAUUGUAAUUACAAUAAAUAAAAUAAACAGUUACUAUUUUCUUGUUUUACCCUUUCUGCAUGAUUGUCAAGUGUGAGCAAAAGUGGUGUAAUAAACUUUCCAUUUACACUUGGA